CGGCAGGUCGUUGCGCGCGAGACAAGACGAACCUGGUGACGAGAUCGGGAACCAUUACAGGUAGCUGCAUUUCGCGCCUCGUGACGUGGAUGCAACAGAAGUGGCGGUAAGAGGCAAGAGGUUAUAUUCUGAUUGAUCACGUUCUUUUAUCAGGUUCGUUAAAGAGAAAUGUGUGUGAUUUCUGUGCUUUUUGCUUGUAAUAUGUAAUGGGAGAACAAUUAAUGGUAAAAUACGACAGUCAUUAUUGCGUUAACAGAGUGGGUGAUCUUGUUUCACGUGAAGCACACGAGUGGAGGUUAGGUUGUUAUAGAAAUUAACAUAAAACUCGCAGAAACAACAGUUUAACGUUGAAAAUACGUUGAAAAAUGGAAAAUAUAUAUGUGUAAUUUAAUGCUAUGAAAACGUGCCGAAAUGAAAGAACUGUGUAGAUCGUGAUUUACUGCUUAAUAAUGGAACAUUGCGAUGUGUUUGAAUAUCUCGUAACUGAAGAGAGUUAAAGUGUCGUGCAACAAGCGGACAAAAUGUGGGUGACCACCGGGACCAGUCUCUUCGGGAUCCUUCUACAGCUCUUUCUACACACUUCCGGUAUCUCUGGGGUCAGCUGGGAAGAAUGGUGGACGUACGACGGCAUAUCAGGACCAGCAUUUUGGGGCCUUAUCAACCCAGAAUGGAGCCUCUGCAACAAGGGCAGGAGACAAUCUCCUGUCAAUCUGGAGCCCAACAAGCUGCUGUUCGACCCCAACCUCAGGCAGUUGCAUAUAGACAAACACAGGGUUAGCGGUAGUAUCAGCAACACAGGGCACAGUGUCAUGUUCACUGUGGACAACUCCACAAGACAUCACAUCAACGUCACUGGUGGUCCAUUGUCCUACAAGUACCAGUUCCAGGAAAUACAUGUCCACUAUGGGCAGAAUGACGACUGGGGUUCAGAGCACAGCAUCAACGGUUACGCCUUCCCCGCCGAGAUCCAAGUGUUCGGCUUCAAUGCCCAGCUUUAUUCCAAUUUCUCCGAAGCACUGCAUCGGGCGCAAGGCAUUGUUGCUAUAUCGUUACUACUGCAGCUCGGUGAUUUGUCAAAUCCAGAGCUUAGGAUACUCACAGACCAACUCGAUAAAAUUAGACAUGGAGGGCAAGAAGUGGAAGUUAAAAGACUAUCUGUACGAGGCCUGCUGCCCGAGACUGAUUACUACAUGACAUAUGAUGGAUCAACAACAAUGCCUGCCUGUCAUGAGACGGUCACGUGGAUUAUCCUCAACAAACCUAUCUACAUAACUAAGCAACAGCUUCACGGCCUGCGGAGAUUAAUGCAAGGGGAUGGUAAACACCCGAAGGCGCCUCUCGGAAACAACUUCCGGCCUCCACAACCCCUGCACCUCAGACCGGUUCGCACGAACAUCGACUUCAAUGUUAAGCAGGGAGGGAAAUAUUGCCCAAGUAUGUACAGAGAAGUAUAUUAUAGAGCCAACAGUUGGAAACAGCAUUGAGCGCCAGCAUCACUCUAGACAAUUAAAACUUUGUGAAAAUAAAAUGCAAAAACUGCUUAAUAUAAAUUACUGUAUCUAUACAACAUGACACAGUCAAGUAAUUAAGGUGAGCCUACCUUUCCCACUAAACAUAUCAAAUGAACAUAAAAUAUCAAAGUGCCAGUGUUCUAGGUACACAAGUGAGACUCCAGUAACAAGGCGUUGCAGUUGACAUCACAGCGUGGCUGCUACAAGAGUUAUAGCAGGCCAGUGUCAUGGAGGUCUAUCUGCUGGAUUCAUUGUCGAAUAACUUCAUAAAACCUGACGCCAUUUCUCCGCCACGUGUCCAAGUUCGUGAAUGUGAUGUUAAUAUUUGAGAGGAUCACAAAAUAUCAUGAGACCUAACACAGAGACUGACUCUUAAGAUUUCCUUAUAAUGGUGUACAACAAUCGAAUUUACUGGGGGUUUGGACUUUGUCAAUCUCUCGGUAUUGUAAAGAACAUAAGAACACUAAAUUUAGGAAACCGGACCUAUUUCCAUUCUCAGGUGAAGGGGUUGGGGACACACAUACUUUGUUGAGUCCGCUAGAAAGAGCUAACUUCAAUCGCCAGAGAGAUCGAGUUUCCGAAAAGUUGUGUUCUUUUUUCUUUAGAAUAAGGAACGAUGGACAAAGUCCAAAAAUUCAGUAGUUCCGAAAGAAAACCUCUGCUUGUAAUAUUAUUUUCUAUCAUAACACUUAAGGUUACGGUAACCUGGAAAUAUGACAGAGUGUUUGGCCAGUAAGCAUUACUACAUAGAUGUAAACACCUUUAAUGAAGUUCAGGCGUGUGUUAUUCGAUAGGUCAGUCAUCAGGAGAAGUUGCAGACCUAAUAACACAGUUGACAGGUCAACAGUCCUGCCUCUCGCCAGUCAUGUUCAUUGUUUGUCUCUCCCAGUCAUAGCAAGUAAACCUAAUGCUAUGCACUAAAUUUCAUGAUAUAUAACUCUACUUUUUGGUAUAUUGUUUCCUGUUAUAUGGUUUAAAUUUUAUUUACUUUAUUUUCCAUAAAUAUAGUAUUGUUACAUAUGUAUAUUAAUGACUAUAGAAGGGGUUCUGAUUUAUGUAUCACUCACAAGUCGUAACUGCAAUUAAGUAUAACACUCAUGCCGAUCACACCUCACCGAAUCUUCCCAGUAUGCUUUCACUAGUACUUACUCUCCGUUUCUUGGCAACGGAUUUAUCAUAGCCUCACUGUCACUUCAUAUAUCACUGUAACUACAGAACACGUACAGUCUUCAAGUCUUUUUGGCACAGUCUAAUUCCUUCGACUGCCGACUCCCUGAAUUCCGAUGUACGACACUCUAGCCAAAGUCAAAGUCACAUUGCGAUUGAAGGUCAUUCAGUAAGUAGUGGUGUCGAGACCCAUCUAGGGCUCAUGACCAGAUAUUUAUUACUGUUUGACAAUUACGAUGUUGUUUUUGUGGGGUACCCUUUCUGACGAGAGGACGGGUCUGUCUUUUGUAUAUGCUGCUGGCCCUCCUCAGCUCUGUCUUUCUCUGGUCCGCGUCCCUUGGGACUCGCGACUAUAUUUUACUCUCUCAGAUUUGAGACUUCCAUUUUCGUCGCCUCCAAAUUGUUUUCUCCGUAUCACAUUCACGAACUACUCAUGUUAAAUAUCUGAUUGUCGAUUGAAAACACUUGAAAUUAGUUCCAUUUAGAAGUCAACGUGUGGACGCAAGAGGACUCUGUUACAGUCUCUUCGUGAAAAUCCUGGGGAAUGCUAAUCCUGUGCUCACGGAUAAGCAAAACAUCUUUAGUUCCACGAAUGGUCAUGUGACGGCAGCAGCAUGCAUCGUGACAUGGCGAUGUCGCUUUUAAGAGCCUACAAGUGUGUGGAACUGAUCGCAGCAAGAAGAAAACUACAAGCUUUUAUAAUUCUGGUGAAUCUACAUUAAUUAUAUGUUGAGAUUAAUGUAUAGAAAUGUAUGGAAGAAAAUGGAAGUCAGAAGUUACUUAUUUAUUUUUAAAAUUUUUCAGAAGCAUUUUCCAAUAGCUUAGCCGUGAUAAUGCAGACAUUUACUACAACAUUUAAUUCCAAAUCAAUUGGAAGCCUAAUGAAGUAAUAUAUUCCUUAUGUUCCUGGUUAACAAAAGAUAGCAUACUGAUAUGCCGAAAAUGAUAUAAAAUUAUUGUUCUAUAUUCUUCCACACUUAUCUAUGUAACAUUAUCACCAAAAUUUUAUGUUGUGAAUGGUCAUCUACAUUUAGAAUGACAGAAAACGAGAUGGUUUUUAUGAAUUCCGUGACAGAAUAUAAAAAGAAUAUAUAUACACAUAAUUACAUUUUCGAAAUAUA